UGUCAGGCUGAGUUUGACAGCGUCCCGAGGAUGUACAAGUAGAGAAGCAGCUUGGAUAUAGAAUCUUAGAGCUCAGUAGUCUUGUCUGGAAAUGAUCAGAAAAGAUAGAGAAAAAGCGUAUUGCAGCAUAUACUGCUAUUUCUAGAAAAAUAAAAAAUAUACAAAAUGAUAUUUGGGAUACACUGGGAGUUUUAGGCUCUUUUGAUGUGUUUUUUCCCUAAACUGGGUGGUAAGACACCAUAUGUAACUUUACAUACCUUUUUACACAUCGUAAGUAUCACAAAGGAAAGUAAAAUAUAGACUAAGAACGUAAAAAGGCCCGGGCCUCUCCAGACUUAGUCAAUCCCAGGGUAUCAGACCGUGAGCAGGGAGGAGGCUGCUGGGGCAGGUUCUCUUUCAAGCAGCCUGGGCCCAGGCUGGCCCCGCCCAGCCUUGUGCUCUCGACGGAACCCCGCCGCAGGCUGUGCACUCGCACCGCCCAUGUCCGCUCGAAGACCAAUGGGCGCGCAGAUCCGGGCCCACACCCCCGCCGUUCCCCGCCCCGGAGCGCGCUGCCGCGUGACGUAACGGCCCGACCCCCUCCACGUGACGGCCGCGCGGUGUGGUCCCACUGGACGCCCGGCUCGAGCCGCAGAGGCCGGAGGGGCCGGAGACCGCGCCGCGCAGGGAGGGCGCGGACCGAGGGAGCUGGUCGUGGGGACGCGCGUGCAUGGAGUCGGCGCUAGCAGACGCCUGAGAGCAGCAGCGCGAGCGGAGCGGGCCACCUCGCGCAUCCAUCCAGCCGCCUCGUGCCAGCGGCACCGGCGCGGCCAUGGCGACGGGCGCUCAGCAGGAAAACACGCUACUUCACCUCUUCGCCGGCGGGUGCGGGGGCACAGUUGGUGCUAUUUUCACGUGUCCCCUAGAAGUCAUCAAGACAAGGCUGCAGUCUUCGCGGUUAGCUCUGCGUACCGUCUAUUAUCCACAGGUUCAGCUGGGGACCAUCAGUGGAGCUGGAAUGGUGAGACCAACGUCAGUGACGCCUGGACUUUUACAGGUUCUGAAGUCGAUCUUGGAGAAGGAGGGACCAAAGUCACUGUUUAGAGGCUUGGGUCCAAAUUUGGUUGGAGUCGCACCGUCAAGGGCUGUGUACUUUGCCUGUUACUCCAAAGCCAAAGAGCAGUUCAACGGCAUUUUCGUGCCCAACAGCAAUACUGUGCACAUUUUCUCAGCUGGUUCUGCAGCUUUUGUCACAAAUUCCUUAAUGAAUCCUAUAUGGAUGGUUAAAACCCGGAUGCAGCUAGAGCGGAAGGUGCGCGGCUCCAAGCAGAUGAACACGCUCCAGUGUGCGCGCCACGUUUACCAGACGGAGGGCAUUCGCGGCUUCUAUCGCGGAUUAACUGCCUCGUAUGCGGGAAUCUCAGAAACUGUAAUCUGUUUUGCUAUUUAUGAAAGUUUGAAGAAGUGUCUGAAAGACGCUCCAUUAGCCCCCUCUACAAAUGGGACUGAGAAGAAUUCCACAAACUUUUUUGGACUCAUGGCAGCUGCCGCUGUGGCUAAGGGCUGCGCCUCCUGUAUCGCCUAUCCACACGAAGUCAUAAGGACACGGCUCCGGGAGGAGGGCACCAAGUACAAGUCUUUCGUGCAGACCGCUCGGCUGGUCUUCCGGGAAGAAGGCUACCUCGCCUUUUAUAGAGGACUCUUCGCGCAGCUCAUCCGGCAGAUACCAAACACUGCCAUUGUGCUGUCUACCUACGAGCUAAUUGUGUACCUGUUGGAAGACCGUCCUAAGUAACAGGCCAGAGAAUUGUGCUGUAGGAGAAUAAAACUGAAAAACUCGAUAGAGAAAUUUUUUUUUUCUGUUGAUGUUUAGAAUGUUCAAGACCGAAACAGGAAAGGCCACAAAAAAUGUGGCUCGUGUCACCUGUUGGACAUUUCCUUUUGGAUUCACAUUUUCUAGAAGGUUUAAAUUCAUUAACGUUAAUAGUUAAUUAUAACUUUUUUUUUUAACUUAAGAGGAUUCAGGAUUCAGCAGCAACUAAAUUAAAUCAUGCUAUUUAAUUUAAGUAUAACUUUGGUUUGCGUCCUCUUUCAUGUUCUCUGUACUAUAAACUAUAGGAAUUUAGGGAAACGUAACCCUAGAAAGGCAGAGAAAACCCCUAAAGUGAAAGCACACCUGUUGUCCAGUCUGACUGUCAGAUGUUGCAUGGGGCAGGGAGCAGGCAUCACGUUUCGGUGGCACUGGGCAGACCAAGACAGACUUCCUAGCUGCUGUUCUCCUUUGUACAAUUCCAGAUCUCAUACAGAUUGACAA